GGCAACCUGAUGUGCCCGGCUCUCCUUCUCGCCCGCCGACAAAUGAUCCAGCAUGAGAUCUAUAACCCUACCUCUAGCGUGGUUUCCCGUGACUUUGCUUCAGAACGAGAGCCCUCUUUCCUCUUUCCUGUCUUCCCACCGUCAUCCUCCACCAGCUUCUUCUCCUGUGUCGCCUUGCUCCCAUCUUUGACCUUGGUCUCCCUUUACCACGCCGUCGUGCCCUUUUGCUCCCCCGGUUACUCUCACCAUCUUCUACUCUAUGCCCUACCAUCAUCUUCCCAGGACAUAACGUCGUCAUUUUCGCGCUCCUUGCUGUUCUCGUCACCCUAGCCCCAUUUUUCUCCCUUCGUCCCAAGCAGCCAAGUAUCUGGGGCUGAUUCUGCCUACUAUUCUUCAGACGCUACUUACCGCGUCCUCGAGCACUUGCUUUAUUUUCCAUCACGCUCAUCGUGAGCUUGACGAGAGGAGGCGCAUUUAUACCGCUGUUGAACCUUGCCGACGCCUCGGCUCACAGCGCAGCUCCUGGUCUGGUGAAAAUUUGCCCAAGAGCUUCCUUCUCCCUGACCUCCUCCGCCAGCAGAGGCUCCUUGCCUUGCGCCGCCUGAGGGAUUGACAAUGGCUCUCGUGCCUCAUCCAUCGCCUCCGGGCGUCAUCGGUCUGCAACCUGGACCUCACUUUGGUGGACAGAUCAACGGAGCCACGCCGGUUGAUGCGCAUAUGCAACGCCAACGCCUUCUGGCGCAAUUGAACGAAUCAACAUGGCAAAGAAUAGGAUCCCUGAACGAGUUACUUGGAGACCACGAAGCCGCUCUGUUUGCGUAUGAGCAAGCUCUCAGACACAACCAAUGGUCAACGCAGACCCUGAACGCGAUUUCUUGUAUUCUCCGGACAAAGGAGAAAUACCCUGAAGCUAUGGAAUAUCUCAAAAACAUCCUGAAGGUCGAACCUGCCAACGGCGAGGCGUGGGGGAACCUAGGCCACUGCUAUUUGAUGAUGGACAACCUCCAAGAAGCUUACACUGCCUACCAGCAAGCUCUUUACUACCUGCCCAAACCCAACGAGCCCAAGCUGUGGUACGGCAUCGGUAUCCUCUACGACCGAUAUGGCUCCUUGGAACAUGCCGAGGAGGCCUUCUCCCAGGUCAUGCGCAUGCAGCCAGACUUCGAGAAAGCCAAUGAGAUUUAUUUCAGACUCGGAAUAAUUUAUAAACAGCAACAGAAGUUCUCCCACAGCCUCGAAUGCUUCAAGUACAUCGUUAAUGAUCCGCCACGCCCUUUGAAUGAGGAAGACAUCUGGUUCCAGAUUGGCCACGUGUAUGAGCAGCAGAAAGAUUUUGAAGCCGCAAAACAGGCGUACAGGCGUGUUCUAGAGAGAGAUCCGAAACACGCCAAAGUGCUACAGCAGCUCGGCUGGCUGCAUCAUCAACAGAGUAACAGCUAUGCCAGCCAAGAUCAAGCCAUUGAAUACCUCGAACAGUCGGUCAGCUCAGACAACUCCGAUGCGCAGAGCUGGUAUCUGCUUGGCAGAUGUUACAUGGCACAGCAGAAAUUUCCAAAGGCGUAUGAGGCUUACCAACAAGCCGUUUACCGUGAUGGACGGAAUCCCACAUUUUGGUGCUCCAUCGGUGUGCUGUACUAUCAAAUCAACCAGUACCGAGACGCACUCGAUGCAUAUUCUCGCGCCAUCCGGCUUAAUCCAUACAUCUCGGAGGUGUGGUACGACCUUGGAACUCUGUAUGAGUCUUGCAACAACCAAACUUCUGAUGCUCUUGACGCGUAUGCCAGAGCAGCUGAGCUUGAUCCGACCAACACUCACAUUAAAGCCCGUCUUGCACUUCUGAGGAGCGGAGCAGCAACUGGGCCUAAUCAGCACAAUGCUCCCGUCCCGCAAGAUGUCCAUCCGCAAGCAUAUCAGAAUGGCGUUGGAGUACCUCCUGGCCCUCAAUGGGGUGGACCUACGUCGUCAAACCAGCAACCACAACAACCUCCAGUCGAUCCAGCUCGUGUUAACGACUGGGCGAGAGGCAUCGCGGGCAUCAAUCCGCCGCCGGGACAACAGCAACAAUCGCAGCCGCAGUCGCAGCAGUCUCAACCACCGCCGCCGCCGCCACAACAACAACCACCGAACGGCUAUGACGCACGCGACGCCAUGAGAGCUCCGCCUCCACGAGCUCCUAGCCCACGCCAGGACGGUCCGCGUCCGUAUGACUCAUCGCGUCAAACUCCAGUUCGCAAGCUGCAAUCUCCGUCGCCUAAGAUGCAACCGGCAAAUCCAGGCAUGUUCCCACCUGGGCCUCAGACUCUUCCGCAGAUCUCGAUGCAGGAUCGUCCUCCGGCUUUCGGUAGUGGAGUCCGUCCGUCUCCUACCAUGAAUGGAGCACCAGCGCCUCAUGCUAAUGGCAGCGCCUCUGGUUCAACUCUCCCACCGUAUGGGCGGCCUUUCAGUCCACCUAGUGAGCUGCGGCCACUGAGAGAUGAACGACCUCAAUCCCCAGGAGGCGGCUAUCGCCAACAGCCGUUCCAGUCCAAUCAACCAUUCCCUAGCAUUGCUAAUGGCGUGGCGUCCGCUGCACCCCCUCUUCCUGCCGUAGAGGGAGCUCCCCGUGAUGAUCGCCCACCCUCCGCUAUGAAACGGAGCCGUGAGUGGGAGUCCGAUGGAGGGCCCUCUAAGAAGAUAGCAAAUGAAGAGACUCGUGCACGUCUGGAUGACCCAACCCGUCGAAAUAGCCCCCCAGGUCGGUUACCAACCCCGAAAGAUCACUACAGGCGCAGCUCCUCUGAGUCUCGUCGCGAGAAUGAACGGCGUGCGAACGAGAACUACCAUCCCUCGGAGGCAGCACAUCAUCCUUACACCCAUCCUCAGCAGAUCCCGUCAAUGCAGUCUAUCCUCGACGGCCCAAAGGAGGACCGCAAAGAACAGGUCGAGCAGGCAGCUCGCAAAGUCGACGUAGAUGAGGAUUAUGAUAACAAUAGUGAGGACGAUAAGCGGGCUCCUCCUUCGGCAGCUCUGAGCAGCCCCCAGGUGGGGGCACCUCCGUCAGUGACGCCAAAACAAGAGAAUGCAGCAUAGUCGGUUUCGACAUCGGUCAGGAUUUCCUAUCGUGAUUUUCAUUUCUGUCGGUUGUGUUGGCUGGAUGUGUACAGCAGCAAGAUUGAGCCGGAGGAAUCAGCAUUGGAAAAGAUUCACAGUCGCAUUGUUACUUCAUUCUGUAAAAUGAGUACAUGUAUCUUCUUGAAAGAAUACGAAAUAACGAUAUCUAACUCAGAUCCGCCACUG